AUGCACUCGCGUCGACCCGAGACCUUGAAGAUUGACAUCUCCAAGUAUAGGGGAGUCGAAGAGGACUCCCUCUUAAGAUGGUUUGUCGAAUUAGACGACGCCAUAAGGGCGCGUCGCAUCGUCGACGGGGAAAUGCAAGUUGCAUUUGCCCAGUCAAACCUGGCAGGACGUACCAAGACUUGGGCACUGGGGCUCAAGUUGCACGACCCAUAUGCGUUUGGGUCGUUGGAAGUCUUCAAGUCGCGGCUCAGACAAACGUUUGAGCCGCCUAGAGCUGAGUUCAGAGCUCGAACUGAACUCUUAAAGCUCAAGCAGGGUAAGCGUGAUGUGCACGCUUACGCGCAGCAUAUACGACAUCUCACGAGAUGUAUAAGUUCCAAUCCGGUGGAUGAACACACGUUGGUUUCGGUGUUCAUGCAGGGUCUUGCGGAUGGUCCCGUCAAGACUCACCUGUGCCGACUUGAACUAGAUUCACUAGAACAAGCCAUUUCCAUUGCGGAGCAGGAAGACUUCAGUCUGAGACAGGCUCGCGCCAGCUCGACAUCAUAUCGUCCACCGAGACGAUAUGACAGCGGAGGUCCAAAGCCGAUGGAACCCAGUUAUGUAGGGAGCGAGAAGGCUCGCUCUACAGACUACAAGAAGUUGCAGAGAUGCAACAGAUGUCAAAAGGCAGGACACUACGCUUGCGAGUGUAGUGCCCCUCGUCCAGUGUCUCGCAACACUGGGCGUAGUGAACGUCCACCCAUGAGAAAGGGGCAGGGACACGGGUCCGCUGUUGGUGCAAAGACGCAACAACGGGAUGGACCGUCAAAAAACGGACAGGAUCAGUAG